AUGGAGAAGGACACCUCAUUUCUCUUCUCCGGCAUCACUUUCAAUCGUAAAAAGUUUGCCAGUGAUUUCGCCAGGUUCAAGGAGAAAAAAGAGAGAGAUGAUGUUGGCGAGCUGUCAAACGUGGUUGAAAAUGAAACCCCCGAGACAGAAGAGGACUUGAUGCGUGUUGAUAAGAAGAGGAAGAGAAAAGCAGCUCGUUCAGACCGAGUCGAAGGGUUCAGCCUAUUUAAAAGUUCGGAAUCAAAAGCUGUAGAUAAAGCAGUGGACCAUAAUGAAAAUGAAGUUGUACAGCAGAAGAAGGAAUAUCAUCGGCAGUUGGAGAGGGAUGCUAUUUUUCGGAAGACUCAUAAUAUUCAUGUUUCUGGGAGCAAUAUCCCGUCCCCACUUCUGGACUUCAAAGAGUUAAGAUCGAGGUAUAACUGCAGGUCCUAUCUGUUGCGCAACUUGGCAGAACUGGGUUUUAAGGAGCCAACACCGAUCCAAAGGCAGGCUAUUCCAGUCUUAUUAUCUGAAAGGGAGUGCUUUGCUUGUGCUCCAACUGGUUCAGGAAAAACCUUUGCCUUUAUCUGUCCUAUACUUAUGAAACUUCAGCAUGCUUCAAAAGAUGGGGUUCGGGCUGUGAUUCUUUGCCCCACACGCGAAUUAGCCGCUCAGACAGCAAGAGAGUGCAAGAAGUUGGCUAAAGGGAAAAAGUUUUACAUCAAACUAAUGACCAAGCAGCUUGCGAAAGGUGCCGAUUUUUCAAAACUGCCUUGUGAUAUUCUCAUAUCUACUCCUUUCCGGGUGCAGUUUGCUAUACGCAAAAGAAAACUUGAUUUGAGCAAGGUGGAGUUUCUUGUUCUGGAUGAAUCGGACAAGCUUUUCGAGUUAGGCUUGGUUGAGCAGGUUGAUGCUGUGGUCAAAGCAUGCUCAAAUCCUUCAAUCUUGCGCUCAUUGUUCAGUGCUACUUUACCUGAUACUGUGGAAGAACUUGCGCGUACAAUUAUGCAUGAUGCUGUCCGUGUCAUCAUUGGCAGGAAAAAUUCUGCAUCUGACUCCAUAAAACAGAAGCUCAUAUUUGUGGGGAGCGAGGAAGGCAAGCUUAUCGCCCUUCGUCAAAGUUUCUCAGAGAGUUUGAACCCACCGGUGCUACUUUUUGUUCAAAAUAAGGAGCGAGCUAAACAACUGUAUAAUGAGCUGAAGUAUGAUGACAUUAAAGCUGAUGUUAUACAUGCUGAUCUUUCUCAAAUACAGAGAGAGCAUGCCGUUGAUAAUUUUCGAUCCGGAAGAACCUGGGUUUUGAUUGCUACCGAUGUUAUAGCCCGUGGUAUGGACUUCAAAGGUGUUAACUGUGUGAUCAACUAUGAUUUUCCUGAUUCAGCAGCUGCAUAUAUUCAUAGAAUCGGUCGUUCGGGUAGAGCCGGGAGGACUGGUGAGGCCAUAACACUAUACACCGAAGCUGAUGUCCCGUUUUUAAGAAAUAUAGCCAAUGUUAUUACAGCUUCUGGUGGUGAAGUGCCUGAUUGGAUAAUGGCAUUGCGGAAGAAAAAAUGGAAGAAACAUAGGCCCGGAAGAGAAUCGAUUUCUACUAAGCCUGAAAAUGAAGAUUGA